GCGGUGUCAGAGGAGAGCACUGCCGACACGUACCCCCUGGGAGGUUCGCCGUCCCCGGGCGACACACUUCCCUGGAACUUGCCCAAGCAUCACCGCAUCAAGCGCUCCAAGUCGGCCUCAGGUGACGUGCUGGACCCGGCCGAGCGCGCCGUCAUUCGCAUCGCAGACGAGCGCGACCGAGUUCAAAAGAAGACCUUCACCAAAUGGGUCAACAAGCACUUAGUGAAGGCCCAGCGACAUGUCAGCGACCUGUACGAGGACUUGCGAGAUGGCCACAACCUCAUCUCCCUGCUGGAGGUUCUCUCCGGAGAGACCCUGCCACGGGAGAAGGGUCGCAUGCGGUUCCACAAGCUCCAGAAUGUUCAGAUCGCGCUGGACUUCCUCAAGCGCAGACAGGUCAAACUGGUCAAUAUCAGGAACGAUGACAUCGCUGACGGAAACCCCAAGCUGACCCUGGGGCUCAUAUGGACCAUCAUCCUGCACUUCCAGAUCUCCGACAUCCAGGUAAACGGCCAGUCAGACGACAUGACGGCCAAGGAGCGUCUGCUGCUUUGGUCCCAGAGGAUGGUGGAGGGCUACCAGGGUCUGCGCUGCGACAACUUCACCAGCAACUGGCGGGAUGGCAAGCUCUUUAACGCCAUCAUACACAAACACAGGCCGAACGUCAUCGACAUGGGUAAAGUGGGACGCCAGACCAACCAGCAAAACCUGGAGCAGGCCUUCAGCGUGGCCGAGCGAGAGCUGGGCGUCACCAGACUGCUGGACCCAGAGGACGUGGACGUGCCGCAUCCCGACGAGAAAUCCAUCAUCACCUACGUGUCGUCGCUCUAUGAUGCCAUGCCCAGGGUGCCCGACGUUCAGGACGGUGUCAAAGCCAAUGAGCUGGAGCUGCGCUGGCAGGAGUACUACGAACUGGUUACAAUGCUACUGCAGUGGAUCAGACACCACAUCCUGGUCUUUGAGGAGCGCAAGUUCCCCACCAGCUACGAGGAGAUUGAGGUUCUUUGGCGUCAAUUCCUAAAGUUCAAGGAAACCGAGCUCCCGGCCAAGGAAGCUGACAAGAACCGAUCCAAACACAUCUUCAAAACCUUUGAGGGUGCUGUGCAGGCGGGCCACAUCAAAGUGCCGCCAGGCUGCCACCCGCUGGAUGUGGAGAAGGAUUGGGGUCGACUACAUGUGGCUAUCCUGGAGCGGGAGCGCCUCCUGAGGACUGAGUUUGAGAGGUUGGAGCGACUUCAGAGGAUCGUCGGUAAAGUGCAGAUGGAGUCGGGCGUGAGCGAAGAGCAGCUCAACCAGGUGGAGGCGCUGCUGCAAACGGAUGUGCGUCUGUUGAACUCUGGCAAUCCCGCCCAGCACACAGCAGAGUUGGAAGCCGACCUGGAAAAGGCGGAGGGCAUGAUUCGCUUCCUCUUCAACGAUGUGCAGACACUAAAAGACGGGCGCCAUCUUCAGGCAGAGCAGAUGUACCGCAGAGUGUACCGCCUCCACGAGCGGCUGGUGAAUCUGCGCAGCGAGUACAACCUUCGCCUCAAGUCGGGCGUGAGCGUGGCGCAGGUGCCCGCGAUCCAAGUGCCCAUGACACAGAUGCACAGCGGGGCCACACAAGUGCACACGUUGCAAAUCGUCCAACAAGCCCCUGUCAGGCCGCGCCCCGAGCUGGACGAGGUGACGCUACGCUACAUCCAAGACUUGCUGGGUUGGGUGGAGGAGAACCAGCGACGCGUGGACCAGGGCGAGUGGGGCGCCGACCUGCCCGCCGUCGAGUCGCACCUGGGCAGCCACCGAGGCCUGCACCUCUCCGUGGAGGAGUUCCGCUCUAAGGUGGAGCGGGCCAAAGCCGACGAGAGUCAGAUCUCACCUGUGAGUAAGGCAGCCUACAGAGACUACCUGAGCCAACUGGACCAGCAGUAUGGGAAACUCCUGAACUCAUCCAAGGCUCGCCUGCGCCACCUGGAGCAACUGCACACCUUCGUCACAGCCGCCACCAAGGAGCUAAUGUGGCUCAAUGAAAAGGAGGAGGAAGAAGUCAACUACGACUGGAGUGAGCGUAACACCAACAUGGCGGCCAAGAAAGACAACUACUCGGGUCUAAUGCGGGAACUGGAGCUGCGGGAGAAGAAGAUGAGCACCGUGCAGGUGACUGGAGACAAGCUGUUACGGGACGGACACCCUGGCAAGAAGACCAUCGAGGCCUUCACCGCUGCCCUGCAGACUCAGUGGAGUUGGAUCCUCCAGCUGUGCUGCUGUAUCGAAAGCCACCUAAAGGAAAACACCGCCUACUUCCAGUUCUUUGCCGACGUGAAAGAGGCUGAGGACAAGCUGAAGAAGAUGCAGGACACCAUGAAAAGGAAGUACACGUGCGACCGUUCCGUCACCGUCACCAGGCUGGAGGACCUCCUGCAGGACGCAGCCGAUGAGAAAGAGCAGCUGAGCGAGUUUCAAACUCACCUGGAAGGUCUAAAGCGGCGAGCCAAAACUGUGGUGCAAUUGAAGCCACGCAACCCGGCUACUGCUAUCAAGAGCAAGCUGCCCAUUCAGGCUGUUUGCGACUUCAAGCAAAUGGAGAUUACAGUCCAUCGUGGAGAUGAGUGCGCACUGCUCAACAACUCCCAACCCUACAAGUGGCGAGUGCUCAACCGUCAGGGCAGCGAAGCGACGGUGCCAUCCAUCUGCUUCCUGGUGCCACCCACCAACAAGGACGCUGUGAACAGUGUUGCCGGGCUGGAUGGGAACCUGCAGAAGUUGCAUACAAUGUGGCAGAGCUUGUUUGUGGAUCUGAGAAGCCUCCUAUCUUGGCAAUACCUCAUGCGAGACAUUCACAUCAUCAAGACCUGGAACAUCUCCAUGUUCAAGACCCUGACAGUGGAGGAGUACCGUCUGGCCCUGAGGAACCUGGAGCAGCACUAUCAGGACUUCCUGAGGGACAGCCAGGAUUCGCAGGCUUUUGGGGCCGAAGACCGCAUGCAGGUGGAGUCCAAUUACAACAAGGCCAAUCAACACUAUAAUACUCUGGUCAGCACCGCAGAACAAGGAGAACAGGAUGAGUCUGUGUGCAGGCUUUACCUGACGAAACUCAAGGAAUUGCGCCUGAGACUGGAGGGCUGCGAAAACCGAACAGUGACGCGACUUCGCCAGCUGGCAGACAAAGAACCGCUCAAAGCUUGCGCCCUGAAGACCACCGAGCAGAUGAAAGUCCAAAGCGAGCUGGAAGGCCUGAAGAAAGAACUCACAUCUAUCGCAGAGAAAUCUGAGGAAGUUCUGGUCUCGCCUUCAAGCUCUGGCUCCUUGCUGCGCUCAGAACUGGAUGGCACGCAGAAGAAGAUGGAUCACGUUUACAACCUGUCAUCCAUUUAUCUAGACAAGCUGAAGGCCAUCGACGUGGUGAUAAGGAACACCAGGGACGCAGAGGAGACCCUGAAGAGCUACGAGACUCGCCUGCUGGAUGUCCAUAAAGUUCCAACUGAGGACAAGGAGGCAGAGCGGCAUCAGAGCCAGAUAAAGAAAAUGCAAGUAGAAUCUGAAGCAGACCAAGCUGUGUUCGAUCGCCUUCAAGACGAACUCAAGCGGGCGUCGGGCGUCCAUGACAAGAUGACGCGCGUCCACAGCGAGCGCGACGCCGAGCUGGACCACUACCGCCAGCUGGUGGCCAGCCUGCAGGAGCGCUGGCAGGUGGUGCUGGCUCAGUUGGAGGUGCGAAAGCAGGAGUUGGAGUUGCUCCGACGCCACAUGAACGCCUACCGCGAUAGCUACGAGUGGCUCAUGCGUUGGUUGGGGGACACCAAGCGACGCCAGGAGGAAGUCCAGGCGCUGCCCGUCGGUGACGAAGCGGCGCUGAAGGAGCAACUGGCAGAAGAGAAGAAAAUUCUGGACGAAAUUGAGAAGAACAAGGAUAAAAUUGACAAAUGCCAGAAAAACGCCAAAGACUACAUCGACUCCGUCAAGGAUUAUGAGCUCCAGCUCCUGACAUACAAAGCCCUGCAGGACCCCCCUGCCUCACCACUGAAGAAGCCCAAAAUGGAGUGCGCCUCUGACGACAUCAUCCAAGAGUACGUCACGCUGAGAACUCGCUACAGUGAGCUUCUGACGCUCGUCAGCCAGUACAUCAAAUUCAUCGGGGACUCGCGUCGCCGCCUUCAGGAUGAUGAGAAAGAGACUGAGAAGCUGAAAGAGGCAGAGCGGAAGAAGCUGGCGGAAAUCCAAGCCGAGUUGGACAAACAAAGGCAGCUGGCCGAGGCUCACGCUCAGUCUGUGGCCAAAGCCGAACAAGAGGCCGAGGCCCUCAAACUGAAGAUGAAAGAGGAGGCUGGUAAAAGGCAAGACGUCGCCGUAGAUGCUGAGAAGCAGAAGCAGAACAUCCAGCAGGAGCUGCAACAACUCAAGAGCCUGUCAGACCAGGAAAUCAAGACAAAGAACAAGCAGCUGGAGGAGGCUCUGACCAGCCGGACCAGGAUCGAGGAGGAGAUACGCAUCAUCAGACUCCAGCUAGAGACAACCGUCAAGCAGAAAAGCACGGCCGAUGUGGAGCUGCAACAACUACGCGACCGAGCUGCCGAAGCCGAGAAACUGCGGAAAAAUGCUCAGGAGGAGGCUGAGAGACUUCGGAAGCAGGUGGCUGAAGAGACUCAGAAAAAGAAAAAUGCCGAAGAUGAGCUGAAGCGCAAAGCUGAGGCAGAGAAGGAGGCCUCGAAGCAGAAGCAGAAGGCCUUGGACGACCUACAGAAAUUCAAGAUGCAAGCAGAGGAGGCUGAGCGACGCAUGAAACAGGCAGAGGAAGAGAAACUCCGGCAGGUCAAGGUGGUGGAGGAGGUGGCACAGAAGAGUGCCGCUGCGCAGUUGCAGAGCUCCUCCAAAUCCUUUAAUGAACGGACAACCAAACUGGAGGAAUCCCUGAAGAAAGAGCAGGGCACCGUUCUCCAGUUACAAGAGGAAGCUGAGAAGCUCCGCAAACAGCAAGAGGAAGCCAGCAAAGCUCGGGAACAGGCGGAAAAGGAACUGGAGACAUGGAGGCAAAAGGCCAAUGAGGCUCUCCGCCUGAGGCUGCAAGCUGAGGAGGAGGCCCAGAGAAAGAGCCAGGCACAGGACGAAGCAGAAAGGCAGAAACUGGAAGCUGAGCGUGAUGCAAAGAAAAAAGCAAAGGCCGAAGAAGCCGCCCUCAAACAGAAGGAAAAUGCGGAGAAAGAGCUGGAAAAACAAAGGACUUUUGCUGAGCAGAUUGCCCAGCAGAAGCUGUCAGCCGAGCAAGAAUGCAUCCGUCUGAAGGCUGACUUUGAACACGCAGAGCAACAGAGGACUCUCCUGGACAGCGAACUACAGCGCCUAAAGAACGAGGUAAACCUUACUGAAAAUGAGCGAAAGAAGCUGGAGGAAGAGCUGGCCAAAGUACGAAGUGAAAUGGACGCCCUUCUCCAGAUGAAGGUAAAAGCUGAGAAGGAGACACUGUCCAAAACCGAAAAGACAAAGCAACUCCUCGAGUCGGAAGUUUUAAAAAUGAAGCAGCUUGCCGAUGAAGCUACCAGGCUAAGGUCAGUGGCCGAGGAGGCCAAAAAGCAGAGGCAGAUCGCCGAAGAGGAGGCGGCCAAACAGAGAGCCGAAGCAGAAAAAGUCCUAAAAGAGAAGCUGGCGGCCAUCAAUGAGGCAACUCGUCUUAAAACAGAAGCUGAAAUCGCCCUGAAGGCCAAAGAAGCUGAGAACGAAAGGCUGAAAAGGCAAGCUGAAGAUGAAGCCUAUCAGAGGAAGCUGCUGGAGGAUCAGGCAGCCCAGCACAAACAAGACAUUGCCGAGAAAAUGCAGCAUCUGCAGAGUUCGUCUAACUCGGAAUUGGAGCGACAGAAAACAAUCAUAGAGGAAACUCUCCGACAAAGAAAAGUGGUAGAGGAGGAGAUCCACAUCAUCAGGAUCAACUUUGAGAAGGCCUCAAAGGAAAAAUCGGAUUUAGAGAACGAAUUACAGAAACUGAAAGCGCUCGCCGACGAAACGCAAAAGAGCAAACUCAAAGCCGAGAAGGAAGCCGAAACAUUAAAGCAACUGGCCGCGGAUGAGGAGAAGAAGCGAAAGGAAGCCGAGGAGAAGGUGAAGAGGAUCACGGCUGCGGAGGAAGAGGCAGCACGGCAAUGCAAAUCCGCUCAGGAUGAGGUGGCGCGCCUGAAAAAGAAGGCGCAGGAAGCAAACAAGCAGCGUGAGAAAGCAGAGAAGGAUGCCGAGCAACAGGUGCUUCUAGCUAAAGAGGCCGCGCAGAAAUGCAGCGCCGCAGAACAAAAAGCGCAAGACGUCCUCAGCAAGAACAAAGAGGGUGAUCUCGCGCAGGCAAAGCUAAAGGAAGAGUUUGAGAAUGCCCAAAAAAUUGCACGAGAAGCGGAAAAGGCCAAAGAGAAAGCUGAGAAAGAGGCGGCUUUACUACGCAAGAAAGCAGAGGAGGCCGAUAAACAGAAAAAAGCUGCAGAGGAUGAGGCUGCCAAGCAGGCCAAAGCUCAGAAAGAUGCAGAGAAACUGAGGAAAGAGGCAGAAAAGGAAGCCUCAAAACGAGCGGAAGCCGAGGCCAAUGCUCUCAAGCAAAAGCAGCAGGCUGACGCUGAGAUGACGAAGCACAAAAAGGAAGCCGAGCAGGCGAUGAAGCAGAAGUCGCAGGUGGAAAAGGAACUGUCAACUAUCAAACUGCAGCUGGAUGAAACCGACAAGCAGAAAGCAGUUUUGGACAAGGAGCUCCAGCGGGUUAAGGGUGAGGCUGACGAUGCCGUCAAACAGAAGGCACAGGUGGAGGAGGAGCUCUCCAAAGUCAGGACUCAGAUGGAAGCGCUUCUCAAACUAAAGAUUGAAAUUGAGAGCGAAAACAAACGUCUCAUAAAAAAGGAUAAAGACAAUGCAAAGAAGCUUCUAGCAGAUGAAGCGGAGCGGAUGAAGAUCCUAGCAGAGGAAGCAGCCCGGCUCAGCGAGGAGGCCGAGGAAGCAGCCAAGCUCAGAAAAAAAGCCGAAUCUGAUUUGGCUGAACAGAGGGCGCUAGCUGAGAAAAUGCUAAAGGAGAAAAUGCAAGCCAUCCAGGAGGCUACCAAGCUGAAAGCAGAGGCAGAGGACCUCCAGCGGCAGAAGGACAAGGCACAAGAGGCUGCCAAGAAGCUUCUGGAGGACAAAAAACAAAUCCAACAACAGCUGGACAAAGAGACCGAAGGCUUCCAGAAAUCCCUGGAGGCCGAGCGAAAGAGGCAGCAGGAGGUGGCGGAUCAGGCGGAGAAGCUGAAGCUGAAGGUGAAAGAGCUCAGCGAUGCUCAGGCGAAAGCUCAGAAGGAGGCGGAAAAGUUCAAAAAGCAGGCGGACGAGGCCAAGGCUAGUCUGCAGGACUCCCAACAGAAAGCCACUGAGACUGUGGUACAAAAACUGGAGGUUCAGCGGCUGCAGAGCACCAGAGAGGCCGACGACCUCAAGAAAGCCAUUGCUGACCUGGAAAAAGAGAGGGAAAAGUUGAGAAAAGAGGCAGAGGAGCUACAGAAAAAAUCCAAAGAGAUGGCACUAGCCCAACAAGAGCAAAUUGAACAGCAGAAGGCCAUCCUUCAGAAGACAUUCCUCACAGAGAAGGAGUUGCUAUUGAAAAGAGAGAAGGAAGUUGAAGAAGAGAAGAAGAAGCUGGAGAAACAGUUCAAGGAUGAAGUCAGCAGGGCCAAGGUGCUGAAAGAGGAGCAAGAACGUCAGCAAAAGCUCAUGGAGGACGAGAGGAACAAGCUCCAGGCCAUCAUGGACGAGGCCUUGAAGAAGCAGAAAGAAGCUGAGGACGAAAUGAAGAAGAAACAAAAGGAAAUGGAAGUGCUUGAAAAGAAAAGGAAUGAACAAGAGAAACUGUUAGGAGAGGAGAACAAAAAGCUGAGAGAAAAGCUAAACAAUCUUGAGAUAGCUUCCAAAGAAAACGCAUCCAAAAGAAAAGAAACUGAGGUCCAAACAGAAAAGGAUGCUGGUGAUAAAUUGGUUUCUGCAACAGUCUCGGUGACAACUAAGAAAGUUUACAAUGGCUCUGAAGUUGAUGGAGAAAAGAAAGUUUCACCUUGGGCAUUUGAUGGAAUAAGAGAAACGGUUCCUGCCGAGAGGCUUCAUGAAAUUGGUAUCUUGACUAAAAAAGAGUUGGACAGACUGAAAAAGGGUAAAGUCUCAGUGCAAGACCUUUCAAAGACAGACAAAAUCCAGUCAUGUCUUAAAGGCCAGAGCUGCAUUGGUGGAGUCUUGACUCCCUCCAAGGAGAAACUGAGCAUCUAUCAGGCCAUGAAAGACAACAAGAUUACACCCAACGCAGCCACAAUGCUGCUGGAAGCUCAGGCAGCGUCUGGCUACCUCAUAGAUCCCUUAAAAAACAAGCUGCUUUCAGUGGACGACGCUGUUAAAGAGCAGUUGAUUGGCCCUGAACUCCAUGACAAAAUGCUGUCUGCUGAGCGAGCUGCUACAGGCUUCAAAGACCCUUACACUGGAGAUAAAAUCUCCCUUUUCGAGGCCAUGAAGAAAGGUCUGAUUGAAAAGGAUCAGGCCACCAGGUUCCUAGAUGUUCAGCUUGCAACUGGCGGCAUAAUUGACCCCAUCAACAGUCACAGAGUCCCGCUGCAGACAGCCUACAAGCAGGGGCAGUUUGACGCCGAAAUGAAUAAGCAAAUGCCGGACCAAAAGUUAUUUGUGGAGCCUAGCACCCAAGAGGCCCUCACCUACAAGCAGCUCCUGGACAAAUGCACCAAGGAUGCAGGGUCAGGCAUGAUGAUACUACCUGUGAACGAGAAAGCCGUGCAAAGCGAGACAACCUACACAGAUGCUGAGAUGAAAGAAGUGUUAAGCGAGUCUAAUGUGGACGUGCCCUUUGGCAGGUUCAAAGGAAAGACUGUCACCAUUUGGGAAGUGAUCAACUCCGAGUAUUUUACAGAAGAGCAGCGAAAAGACCUGAUCCGCCAGUACAAGACGGGCAAGAUCACGGUGGAGAAGAUCAUCAAAAUCGUUAUCACUGUUGUGGAGGACAAGGAGAAGAAUAACGAAAACGUAUUGAACGGCCUGCGGGCCCCUGUGCCGGCCAGUGAACUUCUGGACUCUAAAGUCAUCAACAAAGAUGUUUUCAACAAGCUUAGCAACGGAAAGAUGACCAUCAAAGAGAUCUCUGAGAUGGAUACUGUAAAGAAAGCUCUCCAAGGAACACCCAGCAUUGCUGGACUGUUUCAUAAACCCACCAAAGAAAAAAUGCCUUUUUAUCAAGCCAUGAAGAAAGAGCUACUCUCACCUGAGACAGCCAUCAAUCUUCUCGAGGCUCAAGCGGCUACUGGCUUCAUUGUCGAUCCCGUCAAAAACGAGCGAAUGCCUGUUGACGAAGCAGUCAAGCUUGGCUUGGUGGGCCCAGAACUCCACGAGCGUCUGCUGUCAGCAGAGCGAGCGGUCAGUGGCUACAGAGAUCCUUACUCUGGCAAGAAGGUGUCUCUGUUCGAAGCUAUGAAUAAAGGUCUCGUCAAGAGGGAUCAUGGUAUCCGUCUUUUGGAAGCACAACUAUCCACAGGAGGAAUUGUUGACCCUGUUAAAAGCUAUCGCAUCCCGCAUGAGAUUGCCUGCAAACGGGGCUAUAUUGAUGAGGAAACCAGCAAGAUCUUGAACAAUACCACGGACGAGACCAAGGUCUUCUACGAUCCAAAUACACAGGAGGAGGCCACUUAUACUCAGUUGAUGAAGAAAUGCAUUUCCGACAAUGAAACUGGACUUCCCUUGCUCCCACUCUCACAGAAGGCUCCAAAACCCAAAGAAGAUCAACAAAUCACAGAGGCCAAAACCAAAGAGGCCCUGAACCAGAGCACAGUGCAGCUGGACUACGGACCUUUCAAGGGGAGAAAAGUCACAAUCUGGGAAAUCAUCACCUCUGAGUACAUCACAGAAGAGAAGAGAAUCGAGCUAAUUCGCCAGUAUCGAAUGGGCCAUGUGACAAUAGAAAAGUUAAUCAAGGUUGUGAUGACUAUAGUGGAGGAAAAAGAGACCCAGACAAAAGAAAAGCCCUGUUUUGAAGGUCUUAGGGAACCCGUUGCCGCCAGUGCAUUAAUGGAUGCCAACAUAAUUGACAAGGCCACAUUUGAGCAGCUCCAGAAGGGCACUAAGACUCCUCAAGACGUUAGUGAAGAUGAUAAAGUUAAGAAGUAUCUGCAAGGCACAGACCGCAUCGAUGCCAUCGUGAUGGAAGGAACAAAUCAAAAGAUGAGUAUAUAUCAAGCAAUGAAAAAUAAUAUUUUGCAGCCUAGCACUGGCCUUGCACUGCUUGAAGCCCAGGCUGGAACCGGAUUCAUAACAGAUCCAGUCAAAAACAUGAAAUAUUCAGUGGAUGAUGCUGUCAAAGCUGGAGCUGUCGGCCCGGAGCUUCAUGAGAAACUCCUCUCUGCUGAAAAAGCAGUGACCGGAUACAAAGAUCCCUACACGGGCAAUAAAAUUUCUCUGUUCCAAGCGCUGAAAAAAGAACUGGUUUUGAGGGAGCAUGCCAUUCCUCUCUUGGAGGCUCAGCUGAACACAGGCGGCAUCAUCGAUCCCAUCGGAAGCCAUCGCGUUCCCUCUGACAUCGCCCUUCAGCGUGGCUAUUUAAGUAAGCAAAUGGCCAAAUCUUUUAACGAACCCUCAGGGGAUGUCCAAUGCUUCACCAAUCCCAACACCAAAGAAAGUGUCAUGUACAAGCAGCUUCUGGAGAAAUGUAUCAAAGACCCCAAUUCUGGUCUGUGCUACCUGCCACUGUCCAAGCCUGAAAUGGCUCCUCCUGCUGAGUCCUACGAGUACACCGAGGAGCAAGCUCAGGCAGAUUUGGCCAACACUCAAAUUGAGAUUCCCCAUAAGAGUUUUGAAGGCAAAACUAUGACUAUCUGGGAAAUCAUGAAUUCAAACAUGCUUCCUGAAGAGGAGAGACGCCGCCUCAUGGAGCAGUACCGCUUGGGGAGAAUCACAAAGGACAGAAUGCUUAUCAUUAUCAUUGAAAUCAUUGAGCAAAGGGAGGCCGAAAAGGCUGAGCAGGGUAUGUCGUGCGACAUCAUUAGAAGACGAAUUACAAUCGAGGAGCUGUACAGCGCUCGAAUCAUAGACUUGCACACUUACAACCUUUUGAAGCAAGAAAAAAUGACCAUCAGCGAGAUCAUGGAAAUGCCAUCAGUCAAACAGUACCUCUUUGGCACCGGUUGCAUUGCCGGAAUUAUGUCAGACACUCCGAGCAGGGUCAGCAUCUAUCAAGCCAUGAAAAAUGGAAAGAUAAACCCUGAAGUUGCUCUGACACUCCUCGAGGCCCAAGCAGCAACUGGCUUCAUCAUUGACCCAAUGAAAGAUGAACUUCUUACGGUGGAUGAAGCAGUGCGCAAAGGGCUUGUGGGGCCUGAACUCCACGACAAACUUCUCUCUGCUGAAAGAGCGGUGACAGGCUACAAGGAUCCAUACAGCGGGAAAGUGAUUUCUCUCUUCCAGGCAAUGAAGAAGGACUUGGUUCCUGAGGAUUAUGCUCUGAGGCUUCUUGAAGCUCAGAAUGCCACCGGGGGGUUGAUGGAUCCCGAAUACUACUUCCGCCUGCCUGCAGACGUUGCCAUGCAGCGCGGGUACAUCAACAAAGAGACACUGGACAGAAUAUCUGAGCCGUCCACCGAUGUGCAAGGUUACACCGAUCCCACAACAGAUGAAAACCUGACCUACACUCAGCUGCUGAAAAGAUGUCGGCUGGACAAGGAGAGUGGAAUGAGACUGCUGUCUCUGGCUGACAGGAAGCUUCUCUUCAAGGGUCUCCGAAAGCAAAUAACUGUGGAUGAGUUGCUUCGUUCUCAGAUCAUUGACCAAAAGACUUACAAUGAACUCACUCAGGGCAACAUAAGUGUGGAAGAGGUCAGCAGGGACUUGAAAAAGUACCUCGAAGGCUCCAGCUGUAUUGCUGGCGUCUAUGUAGAAUCAACCAAAGACUGCUUGUCCAUUUAUCAAGCCAUGAAGAAGAACAUGAUUAGACCGGGUACCGCCUUUGAGCUCCUUGAGGCCCAAGCCGCGACAGGUUAUGUGAUCGAUCCCAUCAAAAACCUUAAACUGAAUGUCAACGAAGCAGUGAAGAUGGGUGUCGUGGGUCCGGAGUUUAAAGACAAACUGCUGUCGGCUGAGCGGGCAGUCACAGGCUACAAGGAUCCUUAUUCUGGCAAAGUCAUCUCACUGUUCCAGGCAAUGAAGAAGGACCUGAUCUUGAAAGACCACGGCAUCCGCCUGCUAGAGGCUCAGAUUGCCACAGGUGGAAUCAUUGACCCGCAGGAGAGCCAUCGCUUGCCGGUGGAAUCUGCGUAUGAACGUGGCCUCUUUGAUGAAGAAAUGAACCAAAUCCUCACCGACCCGUCUGAUGAUACAAAGGGCUUCUUUGACCCCAACACUGAAGAAAACCUCACUUACCUCCAGCUCUUGGAGAGAUGCAUUAUAGACCCUCAAACAGGCCUCGCCCUCCUGCUGCUGAAAGAAAAGAAGCGAGAAAGGAAGACUUCCUCCAAAUCAUCCGUCCGCAAACGCAGAGUUGUUAUUGUCGAUCCGGAGACGGGCAAGGAAAUGUCUGUGUAUGAGGCCUACCAGAAAGGACUUAUUGACCACCAGACAUAUUUGGAGCUAGCAGAGCAGGAGUGUGAAUGGGAGGAAAUUACCAGCACCUCGUCUGACGGAGUCGUCAAAUCCAAAAUCAUCGACAGAAGGUCUGGAAGACAGUACGACAUUGACGACGCCAUUUCAAGCGGCCUGAUUGAGAAGUCUGCUCUGGAUCAGUAUCGCGCUGGAACUCUCUCCAUCACGGAGUUUGCCGACAUGCUGUCCGGAAACUCCAGCGGCGUCAGGUCACGGUCGUCCUCCUUUGGCUCCACCUCCUCUUACAGCUCAAGUCCGAUGCCAAGCAUAAAAACACCUCCCGUCACGUGGAACGACCCUACCGAGGAAAGCGGCCCUGUAGCUGGGAUCUUGGACACAGACACGCUAGAGAAGGUUUCCGUCACUGAAGCCAUUCACAGAAACCUUGUGGACAACAUAACCGGUCAAAGACUGCUGGAAGCUCAAGCUUGCACUGGUGGAAUCAUUGACCCAAACACUGGCGAAAAAUUCUCAGUUGCAGACGCCAUGAACAAAGGGCUCGUGGACAAGAUCAUGGUGGACCGCAUCAGUCUUGCACAGAAGGCUUGCAAUGGAUUCGAAGACCCUCGAACUAAAACCAAAAUGUCUGCAGCACAAGCACUCAAGAAAGGCUGGUUGUACUACGAAGCUGGCCAGCGGUUCCUGGAAGUCCAAUAUCUGACUGGUGGUUUAAUUGAACCGGAUGUCCCCAACAGAGUCUCACUUGACGACGCCUUGAAGAAGGGCACCUUGGACGCACGCACCGCACAGAAACUACGUGAUGUAAACACGCACUCAAAGUAUCUCACGUGCCCCAAAACCAAACUAAAAAUCUCCUACAAAGAUGCGUUGGAGAGAAGCAUGAUUGAGGAUGGCACCGGUCUCAGGCUUCUGGAGGCGUCGUCCCAGUCCAGUAAAGGCCUCUACAGUCCUUACAGCAUCAGCGGCUCAGGCUCAGCUACCGGCUCACGCUCAGGCUCCAGAACUGGCUCCAGGUCGGGCUCCAGAAGAGGAAGCUUUGACGCAACUGGAUCCAGUUUCACCACCACCUUUUCCUCCUCCUCAUCCUCGUACAGUUCGUCAAGUUUCGGCCGCCGAUAUUAA